GUUAGUGUGAUUGACCCAUUUUUAAUAAUUAAUUAACUAUUAAAAAAAAUGCAAUUUUGAGCCAAAAACACUCGCCCUCUCACUCUCUCUCCGUGGUGCGACGAUCCGAUCAUCUGAGCUUAAUCCAUUUGGCACCUACCAACGAUCGUAUUACGUAUAGAUGAUACGAAGUGGUCGGUGAAAACUGAGUUCAAAUGUCGCAGAACAAUAUUCCUGUGAGCGAAACCUAUUGGUCUCUCGUCGACAAGGCCGACAAGAAGUUCUCUAAGAUCAGGGAUUUACCCUAUUACGAACGCAACAGGUAUGAUACGUACUUUUACAAGGUGUUUAAGGUCUACACACAGUUAUGGAAGUUUCAACAAGAGAAUCGGCAGAAGCUUGUGGAAGCAGGACUCAAGAGAUGGGAGAUUGGGGAUAUUGCUUCUCGAAUUGGGCAGCUUUAUUUUGGACAGUAUAUGAGGACAAGUGAUGCCAGUUACUUGUCUGAGUCAUACAUAUUCUAUGAAGCUGUAUUGACUAGGGAAUAUUUCAAAGAUGGAUUGUUUCAAGAUCUCAAUCUUGCUAACAAACAACUGCGCUUUCUUGCAAGGUUUUUAAUGGUGUGUUUGGUGUUGAACCGGCGAGAAAUGGUCUACCAGUUGGUAAAUCAGCUUAAAUUGUUGGUUGAUGAGUGCAAGAGGACUUUCCAGGACACUAACUUUAAAGAAUGGAAGCUGGUGGUUCAAGAAAUAGUUAAGUUUCUGAAAGUUGACACAGCUUUUAUGAAUAUCAGGCCUUUGAGAUAUAGUCUUGUACUGGACCUCCAUCCAGAUUUGCUACCACAUGUUGCAGCAGCUAGGAGAAAGCUAAGAUUAAGAGAUGCAAUACUGACAAGCUAUUAUCCUAAUGAGGUAAAGUUUUCAGAGCUUACUCUUGAUACUUUUAGAAUGCUUCAAUGUCUGGAAUGGGAACCCAGCGGCUCAUUUUAUAAGUCAAGUGGAGCUCCUUCAAGUGGGACAGCUACUAACAUUGCUCAAAAUGGGGCCCCAGGGCCUAGUCGUAUUAACUACUCACAAGAUAUUACUGAUCCUACUUUGCCACCGAAUCCACGCAAAGCUGUUUUAUAUCGUCCGACAGUCACACAAUUUAUAGCAGUUCUGUCUACAAUGUGUGAGGAGCUUCCUUCUGAUGGAGUUCUCUUAAUAUAUUUAUCAGCUUCAGGAAGCGAUACAUCUGGUAGCCUAAACCAUUCUUCUAGGCAAGGUGAAGGGGAUAGCUUAAGUGACCUUACUUGUGGCUUACAUAUUGGUGCUCGUGGAAAUGGAGGUUUAGAUUGCAUUUAUCCUUGCGACUUCAUUCCAUUCACAAGAAGGCCACUGCUUUUAGUUGUUGAAAGUGACAACAGUACAGCAUUCAAGGCUAUAAAUGGAGCUGAAAAAGGGGAGCCAGCUGCACUGCUCCUAUCUCCAAGCUCUUCUUCUAUUAUGCCUCACCCAAAUGGAAGCCUAUUCACCAGCUUUCUCACAGCUCCUUUGCAGGCUUUUUGCCUCUUGCUCGGUAUUUCAGGCUCUGAUAGUGAAACGGAUACAUGCAACAAGGCUGAGAACUUACUUUCCUCGUUACUAAAUGACUGGGGAAUGACGUUAGCAGCUUCAGACACCCUUGACCCUGUUUGGGCUCAAGUUUUAAGCGAUCCAUUUCUAAGGCGACUUCUAUUACGAUUCAUAUUUUGUCGGGCAGUACUAACACUGUAUGCUCCUACAUUCAACAAGAAAGAGUUUCUUCCUGAAUGUAUACCGUGCCUUCCAGAGGCUGUUCUACCUCUGGCUGCAACAUCUCAAACAGCAAUUCUGCAGAUAGCCAACCUCUUCGGUGCGACCAACAGUUUCAUCUUCUCUGAAGGCAUCACUCUUCCUGAGAGUAACGACGAAUCUAUGUCGUCGUCUUCAUGAAGCUCGCUUCAAUGCCGAAACUGGCUUCAAAAUGUAACAUUUCGUGAGUAAUUAAUUUUUUUUUUUGGUAUGUAUAAUUUCAUUCUUUUAUCCUAAACUUCAAUUUUUUUUUGUCGUUGGUUAUUAUGGUUUCUAGUGUUUUGGAUCCUCAUGGUUGGAAAUAUAUGUCAUUAUGGUUUGUGAUUCUGUAAAUAUCAUAUUUGUGAGCAUUACAA